AUGGAUGAGCUCCUUGUCUCUUCAUUUAAGAAAGUGGGAGAGGUCCUUGUUGCGAAAGCGGGAGAGGUCGUUGUUACGAAAGUGGGAGAGUUCAUUUUCUCUCAAUUAGUAGAGUCGCUGUCUGGUCGAUUGGCAUUUCCCAAUAUUAGGCACUGGAUACGCGGAGAAGGAGAUCAGGGACUUGAAGCACACCUGGACAAGUGGAGACAAACGCUGCAAGAGAUUCAGAAAACGCAUGAUGACGCGGAGGAGAAGCAAUAUUCUGACCCGGAUGUGAAGCAGUGGCUGGAUGAUCUCAAACACUUGGUUUACGAUGUGGAUGACAUAGUAGAUGAGCUUGCCACUAAAGCAUCCACGGCUCCUGAAAAUCAGGCUCGCUCAAGAAAGUUUCGCAAACUGAACAUCGGAGGUGCUUCGUCUAGUACCAACAACAUUGAUAGUACGCUGCUGUCAAAGAUAACGGAGCUUACGGAUCGAUUCAAUGGAAUUGUGACUCAGAAAGAUAAACUGAAGUUGAAGGAAACUGCUGAUGGGAGGUCACAUGGGAAAACAGAAGUACGGGCAACUACUUGUUUACUGACUGAACCUGAACAUCAUAUUUAUGGCAGGGACAAAGAUAAAAAGGCUAUACUUGAAUUGUUGGUGGGUGAAAAAUAUUGUAGUGAUGCUCAGCUCUCUGUGAUUCCUAUUCUUGGUAUGGGGGGCAUAGGGAAGACAACUCUUGCCCAGUUGGUGUACAAUGAUGAAGCAGUACAAAAAUCUUUUGAUUUGAAAGCAUGGGCAUGCAUUUCUCAAGACUUCGAUGUUGACAAAGUCACAAAAACAAUUUUACAGCCCCUCAUUUCUGAAAAUUGUGAUGGCAAGGAUCUAAAUUGGUUACAAGAAAAACUUCAGAAAAAACUGAAAGGCAAGAAGUUUUUAGUCGUUCUAGAUGAUCUUUGGAAUGAUGAUGAUAAUGAUUGGAGAACCCUACGUGCUCCUUUUCUAGCUGGGGCUCGAGGAAGUAAGAUUGUCAUCACAACUCGCAUUGAGAGAGUUCCAUCAAAGGCGAGUAUCAUUCAACCCUACCGUUUGGAAGUGUUGUCAAAUGAUGAUUGUUUCUCUGUGUUUACUCAAAAUGCAUUGGGGGCAAGCAACUUCAAUGAACAUCCAGACCUUCAAGAUAUUGGCGAAAAAUUCGUUGAAAGGUGUAAAGGCUUGCCUUUGGCAGCAAGGACUCUCGGGAGCCUCUUGCGCACUAAAAAGGAGGAAUGUGAUGAGUGGGAAAAAGUACUUAAGAGCAAGAUAUGGGAUAUACCAGACCUGGAGAAAAGUGGAAUUGUUCCAGCUCUUAUGUUGAGCUACCACCAUCUCCCUUCACAUUUAAAAAGGUGCUUUAUGUAUUGUUCAAUACUCCCAGAGGACUAUAAAUUUGAAGAGCAGGAGUUGGUUUUGUUGUGGAUGGCAGAAUGUCUAAUUCAACAACCGGAAGGGGAUAAGCAAAUGGAAGAUCUAGGUAGCGAGUAUUUUAAAGAUUUGUUGUCAAGGUCCUUUUUCCAACAAUCAAGCAUGGACAAACAACGAUUUGUGAUGCAUGACCUCAUCAACGAUUUGGCUCGAAGGGUUGCAGGAGAUAUAUGCUUCAAGAUGGAGGAUGAAAUUCAGGGUGGUAACAGAAUGAGAUUUCCUAAAAAGGUUCGACACUCUUCUUACUUGGGUGGCAAAUAUGAUAUUGCUAAAAAGUUUGAGCCUUUUUUUGAACUCAAAUGUAUACGUACCUUCCUCCCUCUUCCACGUCCUAUUGAUUGUCAUUUGGCUCAUAAUGUUCCUCAUCAAUUGUUGCCGAAAUUACUAUGUUUAAGAGCGCUCUCUUUGAGUGGGUACUGCAUAGUUGAGGUACCAGAUUCAAUUGGCGAUUUGAAGCAUUUACGGUACCUUGACCUUUCUUACACUAAGAUUAGAGGUUUACCUGAAUCAACAACCACUCUAUGCAACUUACAGACAAUGAUUCUGAAGGGAUGUUCUUAUCUAAAGAAAUUGCCGCCAAAUUUGGGCAACCUGAUCAACUUGCGCCACCUCAACAUUCUCAAUGCAACUAAGCUGGAAGGAAUGCCUCCUCAAAUAGGUAAAUUAACUCAUCUCCGAACAUUGUCUAAUCUAAUUGUGGGAAAAGGCAGCUGCUUCACUUUAAAAGAGCUAGGUUCUUUGUUGCAUCUUCGCGGAACACUCAUCAUCUCACAAUUGGAGAAUGUCACUGAACCCAGGGAUGCAAGCGAUGCUAAGUUAAUUGAAAAGACUGAUCUUAUUGCGUUGUGCUUGGAAUGGAGUAACAGAUUGGAUGAGUCACUCGACAGAACAAGUGAAUUUGAGGUACUCAACAUGCUACAACCUCACAAGACUUUGAAAGAGCUCACUAUCAAGUGUUAUGGUGGUAUGAAAUUUCCAACUUGGUUAGCAGGUCAUUCAUUUUCUCAUAUGGUGGCUUUAACAAUUGAAAAUUGUAAAAUGUGCACGUCAUUGCCACCAGUGGGCCAACUACAAUCACUCAAACACCUUUUCAUUAAAGGCACGGCGAGGGUGAAGAAUGUCGGUCAUGAGUUUUAUGGGGUUAGUUGCUCACAACCUUUUGAAUCCUUGGAAACUUUGUGUUUCAACAAUAUGGAAGAAUGGGAGAACUGGAUCCCUAAUCAAGAGUUUAGAAACCUGCACUACAAAUUGAAGGAUCCGAAGGGGUGA